AUGCUUCCUCAGAACAAAUACUCCAAGAAUCAUUCCUUAGAGAAUGGCCCAUCACCGACGCAGUCUAAACUGUCGACAAACAAUCAUUUACGAAAUCAUUUCAACAUCAACAAGACUAUAGGUAUUGGAAGCUCCUCUCGCGUGUACCUAGCCCAGCUCAAGUCCGAUAAGCGAGCUUUCUUUGCUAUCAAGGUUUUGAAGAAAGCUCAUAUUGUCAAAACGAUGCAAAUAAGACGUACCAUCGACCAACGAGCUAUCCUUGUUGACGUCAACCACACUUUUUUAGCCGAGCUGUAUGGAACUUUCCAAGAUAUGAGAAAUCUAUAUAUGGUCAUGGAAUUUGUAGAGGGUGGUGAACUGUUAACAUUACUAAGACAAGUCAAGCGCUUCCGUACUGGAGUUGCCAAGUUCUAUUCUGCCCAAGUAGUCUUAGCAGUGGACUACCUACAUUCCAAGGAUAUAGUCCAUCGAGAUCUGAAACCAGAAAACAUUCUAGUCGAUUGGCUUGACUACAUCAAGAUUGUUGAUUUUGGGUCUGCCAAACGUGUCCCGGCCAAGACUUGGACGCUAUGCGGAACGCCAGAAUACAUGGCUCCAGAAGUCAUCUCUGGUCAGGGUUACAGCAAGUCUGUUGACUGGUGGUGCCUUGGCAUUCUGAUAUACGAGAUGCUCUGUGGCUAUACCCCCUUUGCAAACGCAUCACCCCUCUUGAUGUACGAGAAUAUUCUCAAGGGGGAAAUCGAGUACCCUAGCUAUCUCAAGGAAUCAGGGGCCCAAAAUUUAUUGGAAGGCUUGCUUACGAAUGACCUGGAACGGAGGUUGGGGACCGAACGAAACCCCAUAAUGAUUAAGCGAAGCCCGAUUCAUCCGUGGUACCAGGAUGUCGAUUGGAAUAUGCUAGAGGAGAGACAAGUAAUCGCGCCUUAUAGGCCACCCAUUAGACCAGCCGAUGGUUAUAGAGGUCAGAAACAAAUUAUUUCGAUAUUCAGAUACAGUACGUACUAA